UUACAUUUUUUCUCUUUCAUACAUCUAUUUUAUUCACAUAAUAUCGUUUUCUUAUUUAGUGAUAUUUUUUGUUACCAAAUUUAACGUUAACGUUUGGCGCGGCUUAAGACGCCGCGUUACGUCAUAUUUUAUCUGGGCGGAAAUGCAAUGAUCAUAACAAAUUUAAACACGUUCAUACAGUUUAUAAGCAUCACGACGAUACAUUUAAAACGCCGCAAUAGUUGAGAAUCGUUCCACGUUUGACGUUUCACGUUUCCCGUUAAUAAACGCAUUCUCACUUACACUGGCGUCGUGUGUUUAUAAUUCUCAACUAGAGUUUAACAACUGUCAAGUCGAAGGUUAAAGACCUACUGAGCAGAAGGUGGAAAUGGAUUCUAAAAGGUUUCCUGACGCGAUGAAGUCGCGAACUGCACACCUUAGUCAGCUGACGAAAACAUUUAAUGAACUGGAACGUUUAAUGUUAUCACCAGAAAAUUACGACAAAGUACAUGAAAUGUACAAUAAACUUUGUGAGAAAUAUGAACAUUUCAAGGCAGCACAUAUUCUAUGUAUUGAUAUGUGUGAGGAUACAGAAAAGUUGAACUCAAUGGAAAGUAAUUUUACCAGUCAAGUUAAGAACUUUGCUGAGUUUAGUGAACGCUAUUCAGAGUGGAAAAAAUCUGUGAACAAUACAGAAGAUUGUAUUUCAGUGAACAGUCGUGUUACGAAUAAUUCGUCAGUGCGUUCGUCACGAUCUGAAAUGCUUAGUGCUAAAGCAAGGAAAUUAGUUGCUGAACAGAAAUUAAAGACUUUGAUAGAAAAGCAGCGCAUUGACAAACAACAACGAAAGUUGCAACGUGAACGGGAGGAGCUUGAAGAACGUAAACAAUUACUUGAUGUGCAAAGUGAAAUUGAUCAAGCUCAGGUUGAAGAGGCAGUAUGGCAGCAAGACGCAAUGUUUCCGGCUCCGGUGGUAACAACUGACAUACCACAAACCAACACCGCUACACACAUAAACAGCGGUAGUCGUGCAGACGACAUUCAUAUGACGACAGUCGUUCAUUCACAAAAAUACCGGAUGUGAUGUUAAAUAAAGACGUUAGCAGUACUGCGCGUAGUAUCGGAUACAACGAAGAAAGACUUAAUGCAGACAAUUAUCAUCUAUGUAACAGGAGGGAGGUUUCCGGAAACCAAGUACCAGUAUGCGACGUUUCCAUGGAUACUUCUGAUACAGCAGUAAGCUAUAGAACCAACACCAAAGGUAAGGUGACUAGCGAUAUCAGUAGCAUCGACAUGGCAUUCAACAGACUAGCGUCUACAUUACAGAAAGGGUUUAAUUUGCCUAAACCUGAAUUAUUGACAUUUAC